GCCACCGCCACCAUGCACAUGUACUCGAUCAUCAUUCUCCGGAUCCCGGAGGGCUCGCACGCCGACUACCGUGACGAGCCGCCGCCGCCCUUCAUCCUGGAUUCCGACUUCAAUUUGAGCUCUUUCUCCUUCUUCCAGCGGACCAGCAUCAAGGAGUUCAUCAUCUUCGCCAGCAAGACCGUCGCGGCGCGGAACGCCCCGGGCACUCGCUCGCGUGUCAAGGAAAACGACUACCACCUGCACUGCCAGUCCACUGUCGAUGGGCUGUGCUGCAUCGUCGUCUGCGACAGUGCAUACCCCUCGAAUGUGGUCUUCCGCAUGUCGAACCAGCUGCUGAUGGACUACCGCGAGCGCUACCCGGUGGAGGUCCGCCGCACGGCCACCGCCCCCCUUCCGCUGCCCAAGCUGUCGCACACGCUGCAGCAGGCGGUCGAUGUCAAGAACAUUGACUCCUUCAGCCGCAUCAAUGAUGACUUGGACCAAACGCAAGUCGUGCUGCUUGACACCAUCAACGCCAUGCUGGAGCGUGGUCAGAAGCUCGGUGACCUGGUCCAGCAGUCGGAGGACCUCAGCCUCCAAAGUAAGGCCUUCUAUACCCAGGCCAAGAAGCAGAACUCCUGGUGCUGCUCGGUCAUGUAAGGCACUUGCCAGCGGGCAACGGGGCGGCGAGGGUCCACCCGCGUCCUCGGCCCCGCGCCCCAUGAUGCCUCCCGACUGCUCCCUACCUACUUGGGCGCCCGACACAUUUGCGCCAGCCGCCGCCGCCGCCGCGCUGUUGCUGCUGCUGCCUAACAAAAAAGAAGAAGAAAACAAUCAAUAGACACCGCGGGGUGCUCCC